GCGCUGAAGCUGAGGGCGGAGGACAAGCACUGCCUAGCUGCCCGCUCGAAAUGUUACCUGAAACUUGGAGACACACAAAAUGCCCUGAAAGAUGCUGAGGCUUCUCUCCAAAAUGACAAAACGUUCUUCAAGGGACUUUACCAAAAAGCUGAGACGUUAUACACCAUGGGUGAUUUUGAGUUUGCAUUAGUGUUUUAUCAUCGAGGCCGCAGACAACGUCCAGACCUACAGAAGUUCCAGCUGGGCAUCGAGAAAUGCCAGGAGGCCAUUGUCAACUGCAUCGGAAGCCCAUCCUUGGUGAAGCUGGAGAACAAGGAGGAUCUGUGCUUCGUAAGCAGGCAGGCAGAGAGCAAAAAAGCGGAUCAGAAACGCCAAAUCAAACUGACUAAGGACCAAAAAGGGACAAGGAAACAGGAGCCUGUGAGGAAUCCCAAAACAGAGCGGCAGCUUCUUGGAGAGCUUUAUGCCGACAAGGCCUACCUGGAAAAGCUGCUCAAGGAUGAAGAUCUGAUGGAGAGCAGCACAAAGCAGGGGAUCAAAGUAGCGGACCUGGUGCUGGGCGGCAUUUCCUACCUGGACACACGCAGCGAAUUCUGGCGGCAGCAGAAGCCUAUUUACGCCCGUGUGAGAGAGCGCCAGCUCCGGCAGCAAGGGUGGAUCCGGGCCAGGAAACGCAAACCGGCUGAUGCGGGCAGAUACGUUGUGAAGAGCGUGGAGAGCGUUGACACGG